AUGGCGCGGAAGAUCCUGUGCGUGGCAGAAAAACCCGCCAUUGCUCGCGCGGUGGCCACACAUCUGUCCGGUGGUUCGAUGCAAACGCGCUCUAUACGUGGGACACAGUUCGUGAAGAAUUAUGAGUUUGAUUUUAAUUUCGGUGGCGCCUGGGGAAACUGCUCUGUCACCAUGACCAGCGUGGUGGGCCAUCUGACAGGCCUGGAUUUCGAGCGCCAGUAUAAAGGCUGGACCUCCUGUCCUCCAGGAUCACUGUUUGAGGCACCUGUUCAAGAAGCGGUCGAUAAGGAUAAGCUGCCAAUCGCCGAGAACAUCCGGAAUCAAGCGCGUUACGCCAAGGCGUUGUUUAUCUGGACCGACUGUGAUCGUGAAGGGGAGCAUAUCGGCUCUGAAGUCCGACAUCAGGCGAAGUCGGGAAAUGCUCGCAUCGAAGUCAAGCGGGCGAAAUUCAGCAACACGGAACGAGCUCAUGUCCUACGUGCUGCUCGAGAGCCUGUAGAGCUUGACGAUCUUCAAGCAAAUGCUGUCGCUGCCCGAAUUGAACUGGAUCUCCGGAUCGGCGCAGCUUUCACACGUCUGCAAACCCUCCAGCUGCAGACAUUAGUCGCAGUUUUGCAAGAGAAGGUCAUUAGCUAUGGCUCAUGUCAAUUCCCGACUCUGGGAUUUGUGGUUGACCGGUAUCUGAGGGUGAAAAAUUUCAAGCCGGAACCUUUCUGGAGCAUCAAGGUCAUACUGAAGCGAGAUGACAUGAAAGUCAACUUCCUCUGGCGACGGGUACAUCUUUUUGACCGGGCAGCUGUCACGAUGAUGCUUGAGCGGUGCCUAGCUGCUAGACAGGCCAAGGUCGUAAAAGUGAAUCAGAAGCCCACGAGCAAAUGGAGACCACUGCCUUUGACAACUGUGGACCUACAGAUGAUGGGUAGUCGAUUUCUCCGCCUGGACAGUCAGACAAUCAUGAAGGUCGCAGAGACACUCUAUACUAAGGGAUACAUCAGCUAUCCGAGAACAGAGACGGAUCAGUUUGACAAGGCCAUUGAUCUGAAAAGCUUGGUCGAAAAGCAAGUACAGGACCAAGGUUGGGGGCAGUACGCUCGAGAACUGCUCGAUGGAAAAUUUAGAACGCCACGUUGGGGCCGUCACAACGACAAGGCCCAUCCACCCAUCCACCCCGUUUGCUGGGUCUCUCCAACCCAGUUACAAGCCAAUGAAAAGAAAGUCUACGAAUUCGUGGUCCGCCGGUUUCUUGCGUGCUGUUCCGACGAUGCCAAAGGCCAGACUACCGAAGUCGAAAUCCAAUACGGCGAGGAGAUGUUCCACGCAAACGGCCUGAUCGUGCUGGAGAGGAACUAUCUGGACGUGUACGUCUACGACAAAUGGGAGAGCAGCCAGCAACUUCCAGCCUUCCAGCGAGGCGAGCUCUUCGAACCUACCGAGGCCAACAUUUCCGAAGGCAAGACCACAGCCCCGAACUAUCUCACCGAGCCCGAGCUCAUCGGUUUGAUGGAUGCCAACGGCAUAGGAACGGACGCAACGAUGGCGGAACAUAUCGCCAAAAUCAAAGAACGCGAAUACGUCGCCACGCACAAUCGCGGCGGUGGUCGCAGUUCGGUCCAGGAACUCAUCCCUACUCGCCUGGGUGUUGCCCUCGUGGAGGGAUACGACAAUGUGGUUGCGGGGCUUCCGAAUAGCGUAUCUUUGAGCAAGCCGUUUCUGCGAAAAGAGAUGGAAUUGCGCAUGCUCGAGAUCUGUGCGGGCACCAAGACUCGUCAGGAUGUCGUGCAGGAGAGCUUGGACAUGUACCGGGAGGUCUUCAUCCAUACGCAGAGGCGUAUCGAUAUGUUGAAAGACGCUUGUCGGAAGUAUCUUAUUGAAGAGCCUGCCUCCUGA